UAACUAUACAACCCCAUCUGCUUGCCUCAGUUCUUCGUCCCUCUUCUCCUGUGUAAUCUCUCGAGCGAGCUAGCUUUGGAGCACGCAAGUACCGAGCAGGAAGGGCUUGAGAUCAGCGAUAGCUAGCUCGGGAAAUCAAGAGCCAUGGGGAGAGCGCCGUGCUGCGACAAGGCUAGCGUGAAGAAAGGGCCGUGGUCGCCGGAGGAGGACGCCAAGCUCAAGUCCUACAUCGAGGAGCACGGCACCGGCGGCAACUGGAUCGCGCUGCCGCAGAAGAUUGGGCUGAAGAGAUGCGGGAAAAGCUGCAGGCUGAGAUGGCUCAACUAUCUGAGGCCAAACAUUAAGCAUGGUGACUUCACAGAGGAAGAGGAGCAUAUCAUUUGCAGCCUCUACAUUAGCAUUGGGAGCAGGUGGUCGAUCAUCGCGGCGCAGUUGCCGGGGAGGACGGACAACGACAUCAAGAACUACUGGAACACCAAGCUGAAGAAGAAGCUCCUCGGCAAGCGCUCACCAUCCCGCCGCGCGAGGGCAAACCAAGAUCCCUACCUGGCCACUGCAGCGGGCGGCAACAUGUGCAGCACCAACGGCGUCAGAAACGGCAGCAGCGCCGCCGCCACGGCCGCGCAAUCCCUAAGCGCGUCGGCUCUCGAGCGCAUCGAGCUCCACAUGCGCCUCCAAGGCCUCUACGGCGCGUUCGGCUGCGCCAACAACGCCGCCGCCCCCGCCGCGCCGUGGCCGAAGCUUGGGACGCUGGUGUCGACGAACAAGCUGCUCCCGGCGACGCAGCCGGUGGACGCCGUCGCCACGACCGUCAGCGUGCAACAGCCCCAGCAUUUGAUCGACGAGAACCUUGCCGCCGGCGCCGGCUCCGGCGCUGCUGUCGAAGCGGAGCAACUCAAUUCUUCUGGUGAAAACUACAUGCCGGGCAGUUUUGAGCGGCCCAAGCUAGGGUUUUUCUCUCCAGCUGCCGAGGCUGAUGUUUCUUCGGGCUUGAUGGUGAGUGGCUAUGGCGCCGGCUUUGGCCCUCAUCACGACGAGCUAUAUGACUUUCUGUACAACAAGUACGGAUCGGUGGGCGGAGCGCAAGGCGGCCAUGUUCCUCCGUUGCCGGAGCUGCAGUGUCCGGACGAUGCUGCCGUGGUCGGCGCCGAUGAGAAGUUCUCGACGUGGACCGCGUCUUGCGAUUACGGCGCGGCUGGCCAGCUCCAAGGCAAUUAUGUUCAUCUGCAGGAUUACGUGUUAGGCGACUAUGAUCAAUAAUAAUAGGUUUUUUCUGUGUUAUGUGCUAUAGUAAAUCCAAAAUCCAAUUGAUAGAUGGUAUAUGUAUGUUUGGAUUCGAUUUGAUCUCAAACUCGCUGUUAAUAUAUAUGGAUCUAUGCUUGUGAAUUAGUACUCCUUGUUUAAUUGCCAUAAUUUUUCGAUUUGGGAGGCGUAUGUACCUCUUGUGUGCUGUCGGAGAACAUGUAGGCUAUGCUAGCGCAAAUC